AAACACCAAACAAGAGAAGGGUAAAGUUGCCAUGAUGGUUCAAAUGAAAGUUUUGAGUCUGUGCGUAAAUUAUCUAUUAUUUUGAUUAUUAAUUUUCGUUCGGUUCAUUUUUUUUAUAUAAGAAAAUCGAUUAAGAAUAUUUGCUCGUUUAUUUUUUCAACGAUCAUUUAAUCUUCGAAUUAUGGCUACAUAACUUGAAUUUUAUUAAUGAAUGUUCAAGAUGAUCUCUUCGAAUUGCAUCUUCAUCACAUUCGAUUACAGUUACGAGUUGAACUUUGGAUAAACUCGUAUUCGUUUCUUAAUUUUAUGAUAUGAAAAACUAAAACGAAUAUGUCAGCUCCGAAUGAAUUCUUACCCGUAACAUCUCACACAUUUCAUCACGACGGUGUUUCACCGCUGGUGAUCCAAGCAGCCCAUUCGAACUCUAAUUUUCCAGCCACUGCGAACACAAACGGGCCGCACUUCAAUGGAGGCGGAUUUUUUCCAAAUUCCAUCGGAUACGAUGUGACCAUGUUACCAUUAUUCCAUCACACGGCUCAAAGGCCAGCUCAUUUUAAUGCAUUCGCUCAUCAGAAACAAAUGCCGAACGAAAAUUUGUCCAAACAAGAUCUUCCUCAUCAAAUACUAGCGCCACCCGAUGGACGUUCUAACGUAUUCAAUACCGAAACGACUAACAAUUCGGUUCAAUCGGCGUACUGGUCGAGGCAAUCGCAGCUCAGUCCGUUUGGCGUAUUACCGCAUGAAAUAUCACCGGAGCAUAUCGAACCUGAGACGAAAUCGUACGAUAUCAAUACGCAUUUCGCGCCGUCUCCUAUUAAUAAUAUAAACACCCUCGGUCAUACCGAUUGCGAUAAAAAAAGUCAAGUUAUCGUAUCGGGAAAAUCGAAGGAUGCGUCGAAUAUGAAAAAAUACCUUCCUAAGGCUGUCAACGAUGUGAAAAUGCAGCAUAUCUUGUCGUCUAAUCACUACCCUCAGAACGAUUUAGUGUAUAGAAAUGGUGUCAUCAAUCACAGCAGUCAUGCCAACUUAGCUAAGGUGAAUUCGAGCUAUAAAAGUACCACCAAACACGCUGAAACGAUGGAAUCGUUACCAACAGUGGUGAACGAAACUAUGAGCCCAUUACCGAGAGAUUAUCGUGUAUUUAAAUCACCUCCGAUUCAGUUUGCCAGCAAUCCUCCUCCGGCUGUUGUGAAUUUCACCGGUAAACAAAAUAAACAGUAUUUACAUAAACAAAUGCCGGCCAAUAAAAGCGUUCAAAAUGGUGCGAUGGGGUUGAAAAAUCAACAACGACUGAAUUCCAAUGGUUCGCCUUCUAUGAUGCUGCACAAGAUGAACGAUUAUCACGAAGACAGUCAGUCGUCACCGAUUAGUUUAACUUCGGAUGAUUUAAAUGAUCACAAUCGGUAUCCAGGUGAUGUAAUCCGACCAACUAAUAGCUUAAAGGAGAACGAUCAAUUCAAUAUGAAUCAAAUGACACCUAACACUAUAGCUCACAGUGUACCCGUUAGUCCAUCUAUUUAUAGGGAUAUGCAAACCGAUAUGAAUUGCCAAGAUGGUAAAAAAGUUACCCAGAAUUUCAACAAGUUACCUCAUUCGCCUGGUAACGUACAGAAUAACGUUAUCGUUGAUCGGAAUCGUACGUCGUUUCCACCCUUGUAUAUCGCUUAUAAUAAACCCGCAGUCGCUACCUCGCUUCCUAUGGUACAGAAAAGACCUCAUGAUAAGGUGAACGAAAGAAACGAUACUCAAAACGCACCCGGUACGCCUCCGAUGAUGGUUAAAUCUCCUCAUCAAAACAGCCCAGUGGGAUAUUCGUCGGUGAUAAUGAGAACUGAUCGAAGCUACGAGCCAGAAGAUAAAGUGGAUAAAUCGCCGAGACAAAUGAUGUGGCCGACAGAUCGUCAGAACCACGCACCCGUCGCGCCUCCAAAAAACGAUAAAAUAGUUCACCAGAGCCAUAUCCAGCCUACGGUUGCGGAUCACCAGCAUCUUCUGUUGGGCUUGACCGAGCGUCAACAUUCGUACUUCGAUACGACACCCUGCCCUACGCAAAUGAAUACGCAAUCGAUGGCCAACGUCAAAUGUAACUCGAAACCUUUACCGAAAAUGUACGACGACCGUAUCCCAGAAACUCACCAACCUCAAGUUACCCAGCCCCAAGAGCCGAUGCAUCAUUACCAGCAAUACAUGCAGAUACCCAAUAAGACGACGAUGCCUCAGCAAAUAGAACCAGUUGUGGCUCCACCUCAAGAACAACCAGUCGUCGAAAAACCGUAUUCGCGUAAGAGGAAAUCAUCUAAAGUGAACGAACCUCCUAGACACACUCUGCCAACCGAGUAUCCGGCUCGCGAUCCACCUCCGGCGCAUCUCAACAUGUACCAGCAACCGUUGCAGAACACCGGUUACAUGAUGGAGACUGGCGCGCGUUACGAUGUUGCCCACAAUAUGCCCAAAAUGUAUUCGAAUACCGAGCAAUUUUACUCGCAGCCGGCUACAAACAACUACAUUAAUCCUGUAGUAACCAACAUCUCGCAUGACCCUGCUCAACACCAGUCAGUGAUCUCGUCCCAUGCAAAUAUAUCAGCUUCUCGUCAUACUCCGUCCACAUCGUUGCAUCAACUCAGAAAUGUACCUGCCGCCGCCUCCAUUCCACCAUCUCUUCCUUUAUCCGCGUAUUUCUCAUCGUUUCAAUCGAGUAGUUCGCCUUAUCAUCAUCACGAUUACCAUCCUGCUCCUGCUGCUAUACCUAGUACUCCUGCUGCUGCUCCUGUGGAGCCCCCAGUUCCGAUGACCAUCGCCGGUUAUAAUAUCAACGACGUGCAGAUAUUCCCUCCAACCGCGCCGAAUAAAUUAGAAAAAGAUGUUUACGAGGGACGUGUCAAAGUCAUCGUGCCGAAUAUCGAAGAAGAAUUUAAAUUCUUGUUCGAUCCGACGACACCGAACUUCAAACUAAUCUCAGCCGUUAGCGAAGAAGAAGCCAUGUCCAAAUCGAUAGCCAAACCGAUGUUUUACCGUAAAAACAUCGAUUUCUUAGCCAGCUACAUUAAGUUCCUCGAAAACAAUUGCGAAAGUGUCGAAACUCUCACCGAUGGUAAUUCUGGAAUGUUGAAAACAUGGAAUCGAAAUAAAGUCGCUUAUCAACCCAUCGUCCGUGAUGAUAACGCCGCCGAAUCAGUUCCUCCUGCUCUUCCGAAAGAACUUCCUAAACAAAAAGAGCCUGAAACUAAUUUCGAAAAUGAUCCUAGGUAUUACCCGUUACCUAAAUCAUCUGAUAAAAGAAGACUGGACAGUUCGAGCGACGAGUCGUCGGAUGAAUUUUCAAAAAAACCUAAACCAGUUCCCAAAAAAGUAGUCGAAGAGAAGAAAAAAGAACCAGUGAAACCGAAAAAAGAAGUAAAAAAAGUUAAAGUUAAAAAAGAACCAGUCGUAGAAACCAAAACGUCUGUUAAAACCAAGCUAGAGAAGCUGGAAAAGGCUAAAAUGAAACUAGCCAAGUUACAAUUGAAAGCUGAAAAGAAGAAACAUAAAGCGGAUAUGAUUAAACCAAAAAUGGAAAAAGCUAUCGCCGAAAUUAAAACUAUCAAGAAUUCCGGUCUUCAGAAACCUAAACCGAAAGAUACCGUCAAAGAAACGAAAGUUAUUCCUCGAAGAAAAGUAUCAGAUAGGAAAGCUAAGGAUGAGUCAAUGCUAAAACAGAAAAUUCAAGGAGCCAUUGAUUCUGAAAAUGAAGAUCAAAGCGGCGAUAGUGAUUCUGAUCCUUCGUGGACUCCUCGUGCUGAUGACGAAGAAAAUGGUACUAAACGGAAAGGAAUCCGGAUUCGGGCAGUUAGAUUCAAAACAAAGACUGUACGAAAAAGUGAUCCGACAUCUUUCAAGCAGAAUUUCACCGAAAACCAUAAAAAACAAUCCGUUGAGAAGAAAGAAACUCUGAAGAAUAGUAAAGCUACAGACGUUGGCCCUAAGUCAAAAUCAUUUUUAAUUUUGAAAAAGGAAGCAAAUACAAAACACCCAAAUUUAUGGCGAAAACAAGACGAAUUCAGAUUACAAAAAUUCGAACAUUAUGAAAAAGAUGGAAGACACUUGUAUCGAAAUACGUCGGAGGUUUGCAAAUAUUCCGAAAAGGAUAAGAAUAAAUAUCAAGAAGUAGACAUUAGCAUAGUCGAAGAAAAGAACGAUAAAAUAAUAUUAGAAUUAUGUGAUGAUACCGAAAUACCCACUGAUCUCAAAAUAAAAGAAAAUUUCAUGAAAGAAUCUCUCUGUUACGAGCAUCAGUUCGCCGUUUAUAUUCAAACUUUGGUCUCGCAAGCUUUAGAUUCGAAUUUCUUGGGCGAAAUAGUCAAGGAAAAUGAUGAUUACUUCUUGAGUAAUAUGAAAGUGAUCGACGAAGUCACCGCUACUUAUUUGACUGAUUUAACCGGUGUGAUAAAAUGGAAGGAAAAUUCGUUGAGUAUUUUGGUCAAAACGUGGCCAUUCUUAUCGAUCAAAAGUAUUCGAGGAGAUUCGUCCAAAAUCAAAUGUUCCAGUUGUAGUAAAACCAAUUCCAAGCAAACCGCUAUAUUUUACGGUCAACCUUACCAAAGAGAAACUCUGCAGGGAUGUAACCCGAAUUCCAGUAUUCCUAAUGAUUUGGAUAAGACGGUCGAUUUGUGUAGAAGUUGUUCUCGCGAGGUGAAAUUGUUCAAUAGAAUAUGGCAUCAAAAGUACCACACGUUUGUCGAAUGUGCGAAAUAUGUUUCGAAGAAGAAAUCUGAAGAUAAAACUAAAGGAACGACAGAUGUUCUGAAUGAAUUAUUGGCUGAUACGAAUUGGUUAUCCAAAUUAUUUUACGAUAUUCGAAACACCUGGCUGCAAAUCUGGACAAUUGUGCAGAAAAGCAAAGAUAGCUGAAAUGUCGCGUUCAAUUAAAUCUCAUCUAUGUACUUACAUUAAGCUAGCUACAGCGAGGAUGACGACGACGGUCUGCAUUUUUGUACAUAACCUCGAGUCGGGCUAACUCGAUUUCCAAGACUGCAUUUUUUUUUUUUUUUACUUUUUCAAUACAUUUUUUUCUGUUUUAUUUUAUACGUGAAAAACAUAUUCACGUAGUAUUUGCUCCAAAAAAAUUCAAAUUAUCGGCGGAGUUUCGAGAAGGUUGUAUUUGCAAAUGUAUUUUUCGAACAAAUAUCGAACAACGGUGCGGCGCGUACCAUAAAGGUGCUAAUUUUUCCAUAUGAAAUUCCCCGUUUUUGGCACAUUCACAUUGCAAUUCUAUGUUACCAAGUAUUAUUAUGAAUUUAAGUAUUUAUUUAUUUAUUGUAAAACGAUCGAUUCGUUUCACGAAUAAUGUUGAAAACAUUAUCGAACGAUCGAUUCUCGCCAUAUUUCCGUUUAAUAAUUUAUUAUUAAUUAUUUUUAUUAUUGUAUUAGUUUAGUCGUAGGUUGUUCUAAAACAUAAAGAAAGGAAUUAUUAAAUCAGCCAUAGUAAUACUCAUAAGAACUUAAUCGCAGUUACCAAACACAACUGUAUUACGGAUUUUAGAUUUAAUGCUCGUAUGUCUAUUUCACGGGAGGAAAUAAUUUUGUUGGUGGCGAGGGGGGAGGGGGAGAGAGGGCGAGACGAAGAUAUAUCAGGAAAAAAUGCUUAUCGAAACGAGCAAUAUUUUUUUUUUGAAAGCAGCUUUUCUUUACACUGGCUGAUUUUCGAUAUAGCUAAAAAAUUAAAUCAGUAUGUUCUGAAAUACCCAAACUACAACAUACCCAACUGCAGAGUAGAUUUAUUUCGCGUCUAGUGGAAUUGCGUUUAUUCUUAAAGGCUGUGGCCAGAUCUUAUAAUAAUUAAUUACAUUAAGCUAGUUUUUGUGAUCGAUUUUCAAGUCUUUAGAUUUAAAAGUAGCGAACGAAUCAUUUUUUUACUUCAUAACUCACUUUUUAUUCAAUUCGCAAGAUCGAUAGCGUUUAAAAAUUGCAUAUUAAAAUGUCUCUUAAUUACUUAAUAUAAAAAUAACCUUUGAAAGAUUUCUUUUCAUAUGACAAUAAAUCUUCAGUUGACGCAAG